UGUAGAUUUCGAAUGCUAUUCUGCAGAGUACCCAAGUGGUUGGUUGGCUGAAAAGGAGGAAGAUAUGGCUCAUGACCAGUUUUCCUUUCUCGUCAACAUCAGCUUUUAUCAUACAAUUUCCUUUUAUCACUUUGGUCAAGAGGAGGGGCAGAAAAUUUUGAGUUGGAGUAUCAUUCAGAGACAGUUCAUUUCUGCCUUCCAUCUUUCAGCCACUCACGCACCCAAGGGAUCUGGGGUUGGAAAGGCCAACUUCUCUCACCUAAUUUUUGGGUCAGCUUUCUCUGCCUGCCUCGCUGCAUGGCACAAAUACAGAGAUGAAUGAUCAAGAAGUGACUUAUUCUGUCCUGAGAUUUCUUCGGUCACCUUCGGAGUCACAAAACAGAUUAAGGCCUGGUAGUACUCAAAGCCCUGGCAAGACUGACGGAAAAGACUCUUCAGUGCCCUGGUGUGGCAUUGCAGUGACUCUUGGGACCCUCUGUUUACUUCUGUUGGUGACAACCGCAGUGUUGGGGACAAAGAUUUUUCAGUAUAUUCAAGAAAAACAUCAACAGGAGGAAACUCUACGGAACCUCAGUCAGAAGUACCAUGUUAUGCAAAAUGAGAGCUACUUAAAAGAACAACUUUUGAUAAAUAAGAAUUUAGAAUAUGAUAUGCUAAAAACUAAAACCCUUCAGCAAGAAAAGGGACUGGACUUACCUCCUACAAAAAAGAAGGGAUGUCAUAAACAAGAGAUCUUUUCAAAGUUUUGGCGAAAUAUAGGCAAACUCAAUGAAGGCCACGGGUGCUGUCCAGGAGUAAACUGUUACUACUUUACCACUGAAAGUAAAGACUGGAAGGGAUGUAAACAGACUUGCCAAAGUUACAAUUCAUCUCUUCUGAAGAUAGAUGAUAAAGAGGAACUGAUCUUCCUUCAAUCCCAGACUUAUCGAAGUUCCUACUGGAUUGGUUUAUCAUUUAAUGAAAGGGAAAGUAAGUGGAAAUGGAUUGACAAUGGCAUAUCUUCUGGACUUAAUUUGGCAAUAAUGACUUCUUCUUCUGGGAGAGGAGAAUGUGCAUUUUUAACCUCAACAAGAAUAGCAAAUAUUGAUUGCUCUAACACCUAUAACUGUAUCUGUGAGAAGAGAAUUGAUUGCUUCAAAUAGACACUAAGGAGAAAAGGUGAAAUGGAAUUUUUUCUUUUUCUGUUGUUGUUGGUUUCCUGUAGUAAUUUUGUUUUUGACUGCAGGACUUUGUCCACUGUAGAAACAGAGAUGAGAUGGAGGACGAAGAAAAUGCUCUUUUGGACUAUGGUUAAAGACAUCAGAUGCCAUCUGUCUUCUUGGGGAAGAGAGAAUCAUUUUGUCUUUGGAGAGCAGUUACCCCUCUCUUUAAUGGCCUUGAGGAAUUACUCUCUCUUUCCCUGAAACAUCCACAGAAUCAAUUAAAGAGCUCUGAUAAAUAGCCUGGGUCUUUUCCUUAUCAAUAGGAUAAAUCAUUUCAAUAGACUCUGGCUUUGAGAGAUCACAGUUAAUAACCAAAAAGUAGUUAUCUUCCCUCCCACCCCAUCUAGAUGCUUGACUCUCAUUAAAAAAAAAUAAUUUUGCUAUAAUUUCAAACUUACUGAAUAGUUGAAACAAUAGUACAAGGAACCUUCAUAUAACCUUUACCCAUAGUUACCAUUUGUUUAUAUUUUACUCUGUGUGCCCUUUAUAGUUUUUUUUUCUCUCUG